AUGUUUGUGGUUAAAUGGCCUAAGAAACCAGUAUUUGCUGAGCAUAUGCAAGAGGAGCUUAAGGCUAGUAUACCUAAGGCAAUACAAGAAGAAGAAGAAGAAGAGAAGGUUCAUUUACAGUUGGAUGAUGAUGAGGAGGAGGACGAUGAUGAUGAUAUGACACCAAGGUCGAUGUUAACUGCCCCUAGUGAUGAAUCUGAGACUGUUGACUUUGUAUUAAGUCAAGGUAUGACAAGGGAAGUAUGCCUAAUGAUAGCAUGUCAUCAAUCUACUAUGACUGAGGAAAGAUAUGAGACCUUUACUGCUACAUUAAGGGCAGCAUUAAUGGUAUUCCCACCUAGUCAUAUAUUUGUAUGUGAUAAUGGUGUAUCACCAAUACCUGUAGAUGAUAAUCAAUGGGCUACUCAACAGGUACAUCCUGAUAUUAACUAUUUAUAUGUACCUGAGGGUAAUAAGACAUUUGCCUUUUAUUGGUGUAAUAAAUAUUGGAUACCUUAUCUUGUCCAAAAUGGUAGAGUAACCGACUUCAAAUAUGCUGUUAUUAUUGAUGAUGAUGUACCUCUACCACCAGAUCUACAUAUACCACAUCAGUUAUUGGAUCAGAACCCCAAUAUUAAGGCUGUACAUUUCCCUAUUACUGCUACUACACCUGAUGGUAAACCUAAUCUAUUGGUACAAUGCCAGGAUAUUGAGUAUAAGAUUGCUGGUCUCCAUAAACUAUUCCAGGCUACUCUUGCUCGUUCAUUAAGUUGUCAUGGUGCAGUAGCCUUAUGGGAUAGGGAAACACUUGAUGAGAUAUUCUAUGAGCAUGAUACUGUAUUUAAUGGUGAGGAUAUGUAUAUGGGUCUAUCAUUAUUGAGGAAGAGAGAUGACUCUAAGAUUAUAUCAUCAGCUCAGGCUAUUGUACCAACCUAUGCACCAGAUAAUUGGGGUAUGCUAUUUAGACAACGGGUUAAGUCUUGGGAUGUGACAUCUCAUAAGAAGAGUUUUACCUAUAUAUGGGAGAUUAUUAAUCCUAGAG